AGGGGUCCCGCAGUGCCUGCACCAGGGCAGCCCGGGGUGGUAGAGCCCCAGCUCUCCAGGUACCGGACCACCCUUGUCCGUUGAGAGCUCCUUUCCCCGGUUCAUUUGAAGUCUCAUUCUUCGCCAGGAGGGACUCUCAUUAGGAUGAAGCGGCGAGAGUGAUACUACGGACCAUGGUACAAUAGUUCACUGGUGUUUAGUUUUCUUUCAUUCAAGUUCCCGGAGAGGUUUUUGAGACAACUUCUGUUUAGCGGAAUUCUUACGAACAACAAUGGAUUAGACGACCUUUGUCACCCGGCCAACAGAACUUACCCUCAAAACAACUUAUUCCGUCGAUCACACCACAACCUCUCUAUUCAAGUGAACGAAUCCGGAACGCCUUGGGUGGGAGAUAUUCACAAUGGCUCGGCACAGCGGGCUUGGCCUGAACAAUCGCCAUCGCUCCUCACAGCCAACCUCGCUCCCACGCCGUCUCCUCUCCGCCCUCCUCCUCACAACAACCACCACCCUCCUCACCACCACGCCCGCCGGCGUACACGCCUACACCCCCCUCUCCACCUGCAGCCUCCAACACCUCCCCUCCGGUCCCCCCUCCGACUUCGACAUCCACCCCGGGUCCGGGUCCGACUCCCUCCUGGCCCCCAUCCUAAUCCCCCGCGUCCCCGGCACCGAAGGCUCUCGCCUCGUCCAACAGCACUUUGUCGAUUUCUUUUCCUCCCAACUGCCCGACUGGACGCUCGAGUGGCAGAACUCAACGUCCACCACGCCCGCAACAGGGUCACAGCUCAUCCCGUUUUCGAAUUUGAUCUUACGAAGGGACCCACCUUGGGCAAAGGCGGGGACGAAAAAGGAGGGGAACGUGAAGAGACUGACGCUGGCGGCACAUUAUGAUAGUUUGUAUAGACCGGAGGGGUUUAUUGGGGCUGUGGAUAGUGCGGCGCCUUGUGCUAUACUGAUGCAGGUGGCGAGGGCGGUGGAUGGGGCGUUGGGGAGACGGUGGGAGGGGGUUAUGGCUAGGAAACAAAAGGAGGAGGAGGGGGGUGGGUUGGGGUUGGGGUUGGAGGAUGAGGAAUUUGGGGAAGAGGAGGAGAAGGGAGUGCAGAUUGUGUUGUUCGAUGGCGAGGAGGCGUGGGUGAGGUGGACGAAUACGGAUUCGACUUAUGGUUCUAGAGCAUUGGCUGAAGCCUGGGAAUCCUCUCCAUACGAGGCCUCAUCAACCCACUCCAACCGGCUGGAGUCCAUCAGCCUGCUCGUACUCCUGGAUCUCUUGGGGGCAGAGAACCCCCGGAUCCCCUCCUACUUCUGGGACACGCACGGGGCGUACGGGGACCUGGCCAAGAUCGAGGCCAGGCUACGGGAGCUGGGGGUUCUGGAAACUGCUCCCGCUUCUCCGUUCCUACCGGAUAGCGGGAAACCGUAUAACCGGUUUACGAGGGGGUAUAUACAAGAUGAUCAUGUUCCGUUCAUGGAACGCGGUGUCAAGGUGUUGCAUAUCAUACCGACGCCGUUCCCGCCUGUGUGGCAUACUAUGGAUGAUGAUGGGGAACAUCUUGAUUUGCCGACUGUGAGGGAUUGGGCUAAGAUUAUGACGGCGUUUGUUGCGGAGUGGAUGGAUCUUGAUGGCGUGCUUUCGGAAGAAGGCUGUGUUGUGGGAGAAGAGAAGGGCAGCGGCAGCAUGGAGAAAGACGAGCUCUAGUGGUGCUGGGGGCUGGUUAUAUUGGCGAUAUCCCGAAUGGAUACCCUUCGGAAGGCUCUAGAUAAAAAAAUGAAUGUUUCUCUUUCAGCAUGACAAUGAUUGUGU